AUGACAUCAACAACUCAAGAAUCAUUUUAUUUACAUUCAUUUCGAAAUCGUCGUUUAUAUCCCAUUUCUGAUUAUCCAAUCACACAUUCACUUGAUCGCCUAAACAUACGUCGUCGUCUAUUAAAACAACGUAUAUAUAUUGAACAUUUCCUUUAUGCAUUCAUUUUUCUUUUAUUAUGGACUGCAAUCGGUGCAUUUUUCUUUCAAUUACAUGUACAAGUUUAUAAUGUAGUCUUUGGACCUUUUCAUUUCAAUCAGAAACAAUUUGUACAAUAUGUAAAUCAAUAUAAAAGUGAUCAAUCAUUCUUUUCACAAUUUGGAAGAAUUGAAUAUAUUCAAGUGGAAAUAAAUGAAGAUAAUAUUCAAAACUCAAUAAGUAAAUAUGAUACUAUUCGACGAUAUUCAAAUCCACGAACACGUGAGAAUCAUAUUGCUACAUAUAAAAAGAUUAAACAUCCUACAAUAUAUGUUAAAUUACCUACAAAUUCACAAAAAUAUUUUCAUGUACAUCAUCCAAUUCAUUUUCAAUCGUAUUCAAUUCAAACAUUACAAUGCAUCGUAAGAAAUCUACCAUUUAAUUCAGCGUACACAUAUCGAACAUGGACUGAAAAAUCGGAAUAUAUUCAAUAUAUUAAUAAAGAAUAUGCAAAAAAUUCGACAGAAUUUAAUAAAGCAGUAUUAACAAAAUGUGGAGUUUUAAUUGGAUAUCUCUAUAGACCCCUAUAUGAAAGAGCUUUCACUGAUAGAGGUGAACAUACCUUUACAUCAAAUGAUAUAGCACUAAAUAUGACAGAUAAUUAUUAUUCUUUCUAUUUAUUUCUAUUUUGUGGUUUAAUAUUCAUUUGGCUCAAACUUUUUCAUUCACUUGGAAUAUGGUCACUCUCGUUGAAAUUAUUUCCAGAUAUCAUUGAAGAGCUUUGGCUAUUAAAUGUAGAUCGUUCUCCACAUCAACAAUUACUAGAAUUAGAUAGACUUAUUAAGAAGAGUUCAUGCAACUAUACUAAAAAUCUUGUAAUUAUUAGAAAUGAUUCUGAUCAGCUAUUUGUUGUUAUAUUAAAAAUGAAUGCAAAUGAAGGAUUAAAUCCUUAUGAUGAAUCAUCACCAUUUAUUGUUUGUCCUGUUAAUGAUAUACGAAAAAUAACACACGUUAAUGGAAUUUGCUAUGGUAAAGAUUCAUCAUGGAUUCGAUGGCCAGUCACAGCAACGGAUGACAAUGGUUAUGCGAAUUGGCUACAUGAUCAACUAUUAGAAAUAAGUGAUGUCUAUAAGCAACGACAUGAACAACGUCUUCGACAUGAAUCAGACAACAAAUCGCUGCAGCAGCGCCAUGGAACUCAAUUUUUGAGGUUUGAUAAUAUUAAACAUAGAGAUAAUCGUAAACGACGUUCACGCGUAAAUACAACAAUCACACAUAACAGUCAUUUAUCAACGUUAAUCCAUGAAGAAAACAAUAUUCAACUUUUUAAGAUCGAGCGACAAAGCACUACUGAAAACGUGAGAAAUUUACUUAUGCCAGAUCCUACUAGUCCAGCUACAGCUCAAUUUAUUGCUCAAUUUCGCUUCCAGCAUGAACAUAACCAACAAGUCGUAAAUAUGAAUAUGAUGAACGAUCAAAUUAUGUGUACACUUUGUCAGGAAAACCUGAAAAUCAAUGAAUUUUAUACACGUUGGCCAUGUCCUGGUGCUCACUUAUUUCAUUAUGAUUGUAUGUUGAGAUCGUUACGAGACAGAAAUACAUGUCCAAAUUGUAGACACGAAGUCGAAGGUAUUCCAACGGAAUCUUUACGAACGACAAUAAACCGAUCUUUAUAUAGAUUAUUUGCGUAA